AAAUUUUAUUAAAUCUUGCCUGGUGAUUUGAUUUUAAGGUUAGAGUCCGAUGAUUUCGUUUGUGGAAACACCGAUAGUUUUUAUAUACAACUAGAAUGGGAGAUGCUUGUUUUUUUAUCCGUUAAUAUCUUAUUAUCUUUUGUAAUUUUCUCUAUCCAGUAAUAAAGUAAAUUGCGUUUUUAAUUUCAUCUUUUUAGUACCUGAAAAACAAAGGAAAUAAAUAGUUUGAAAAAAUAAUUCUAUAUACACGAAACAUGGACGAGGUCGAUUAUAAAUUGAGAUCGCAGAAUCCUACUUUAAUAUCACAUGCAAUAUCCAAGCUGAUUGAGACUAUCAGGAAAAAGUUGGAAGAAGAAAAUGAUAUUUCAAAGAUAUUGGAGUUCAAAUUACUAUUAUCCAAGUGCAACAGUGAUGACUUUAUAGUUAGCACGUCUGCAUGCCAAGCAUUGGUUGUGCUUAGUGAGACUGGAUUGUGGGACGUUAAGUCUGCACUAGCAGCAUUUAUGGGUUGCUUAUCUUCUUCAAAGAAUUAUCAGGCAAUCACUGUGGCAGUAAGUCAAUUGCUAAUAUUAGAUUGGAGAUCACAUAAUAAAUGCAAUGAAUAUACUCUUGAAGUUCCUACUCAGCAUCCAUUUAUUGCGAUCCUUACUCAAGAAAAACUUAGUUGGAGAUCUAUACUGAAUCAAAUAAAGAUUAUUAUGCACCAUCAUGAUCAACAUAUUAUGGAGCAAAGCGUGGAAUUAUUACGGCCUGUAUUCAUACACAUAUUGUGCAAUCCUUCUAUGGAUUUGUGUGAGAGUUGCAAACGAGAGACGUGGCAACUUAUAAUCAAGUCUAGCAACACUAUGGAUUUACGAAUGGAGAUUCUACUCUGGUUAUGUACCAAUCGAGCAGAUACUUGCGCCGAUGCAAAUUGCCGACUUCUCGAGCUUGUAGAUUUGGCGUUGCUGAAAAAAGAUAAGGAGUUUUGUUCGGCAUUAGUACUUCUAAUCGCGUCUGUGACAAUACAGCUUUUGGAAUACGGUCAUGAACCAAUGCAAAAUUUUUGCACAAUUCUGGAUCUCUUUGAGUAUUGUUACAAUUACAUAGGAGAUAUCAUGAUAGCUUUAAUGGCGGAAAUAAUUCUGAUAUGUCCUGCAGUUUAUUUACUCAAUGCCAUCCAAAUAUGUACAAUUAUCGUGGACAAAAUGUCUUGUCAUCUUACUUUAUUAAACACCUUAGCUGCGGCCUUGUUAAAAUGGUUGGCCUAUCCAUCGUUAUUAUGUUCCGACGCGUUGGCGAUGGCGAAAGAAUUAUUAAUCAAGAUAAUGUUGCAAAAGAAAACGGACAGCGGUAACGGUACUGUUUCAAACAAGAUGCUGCUCGUAUUUAGCUAUAGCAAUAGAUAUAUCCAAUUCUACAUGGAACUUAUUCGUAGUCUGUAUUCUAUGAGAAAUGAGACUCUAUCGUGGUUAGAGAAUCUAUCGCUUGUACCGAUCGAUUUGAGAUAUAUGUGCAAGCUGGUUCUGUGCGGGAUCUUCCUGCGUAGCGACGAACCGCUUGUCGUACAGAAAGUCUGCCACAUUCUCGUGCAAAUAGCGAGAGAGAUUAACUCUUUCGCGUCGCAUGUGAUGUCCCUACUACUGCAUAAAUUGACCAAGACUCGUGACAACGCCACGUUGAAAUAUCUGUUGCUGACUGUCCCGGAGUUCGCCAUGACCAAGGAUAAUUUGCCGAUUGUCAUUCACACGUUAGACACGCUACUAAACAGCGGCAGACCAUUGAAAUAUUUUGCGAUUCAACUUUACACAAAAGCGUUGAAGAGAGAGGCGCGUUGUUACCGUUUCAUAUCCACCGCUCUGAUGGACAGUAUGGAGAAGGAUCAUAGCUGGCAUUCAGACGUGACGUGUGCCCAAGCGAUAAAAUAUAUUUGCGACAACCGGCCCGAGCACGGCGAGGAACUCGUACCGCUGCUGUCACAAAUCCUGAAUCGGUGUGUCGACCAAAACGGCGGUGCGGCCAGUGCACUUGCGAUCGAUGGCAUCUCGGCUCUGUGCAAGUUUGCAGUGAUAGGUGUUUAUUCUACAUGGCAAGUGUUAGCGCCGAAAAUGCGCAAAGAGAAGCGUACAGUAGUAUUGGAAAGUUUGUGCGAGUUUUUCGCAAACGUUCCCUCGUACCCAUAUCGCUCAAGCGAAGAUUACGAUAAUUUCAUUGUUGAAAUUGUGACGCUUCUCUGGAGCUACACGAUUUGCGACGAUACGAAGGUCGCGAGAGCGGCGUUCAAUGCGUUAAGGUCUUAUCAAGUGGAACUAAUUCCUUUAAGUGCUUUGCCUCCGGUUUUCCUAUCGGACAUCAAAAAGACGAAUAACGAAGGUACAAAGUCCGAGGGCAUACUACAAUACAUUCCGGGCAUCUGUUGGAUCCAAAUGUUGAAGAAUGUGAAUAAAAACGUCCUAUCGGCGGCCGGAGAUCUUCUGAUUUUCUACAUUAAGAACGAAUUGAAUAGCUUUAGACAGCGAAUAUAUAUUUGGCCACAAGGAGAACCGCAAAACUUUAAGUACCUGCCGGAGAGAAGUGUGAUAAGGGCUGUCGGUGAGUAUCUGAGACGAGGCGACUCGACUAAUCAGAUAGUUAUGGUGGAAUGUCUGCGCAUAUUCGCUUAUAAGCACGAGAAACCGCUACCGAACAUAAACUGGGACUUCUUGAAGGAAACUAUGAAGAUAUCAGAAGAGGCUAAGGAAUACAGUUUGUCCAUCACGAGUCGUCAUUGUCAGAUCUCGCUGUCGGCAAAAUUGCUGACGGAAAAUUUCCUGUUUAAGUAUAGCUGUGUAUCGGAAGCCGGUCGAUUGUUGCUAGACGAAAAACAGUUGGUGUUUUAUUCGAAUUUGGAGGAAUUGUGUCAAGCUAUUCCGCCGAAUAAAUUAAAAGAAUUUCUCGAAACUUCACUCUGUUAUGCCAUUGACAGUAUCUUAAUGAAAAACGGGAAGUCCGUUCAUCUGUUCAAUCACAUUAUGUCCUCUUAUGUCACCGCUUUGAAAAACAACUCGAUACAAAUAGGAAAUCGCACGCUGUUAACCACCAUAUUGGAAGAAAUAUCGGAAAAAAUUGAUGUAACGUCCAAACAUUUCGACAAGUAUUUUGCGGCUGUGAUGGAAUUGCUGGCCAAGGAUGUCGAAAGAAUGACAACGCCUAGCACCUGGUGGGUAGUAACACCGGAAAAACUGAAGACCGCUAUCGCUGUUAGAGCUCGGACAAUUUUCAGGGGAGAUAUCAACACGUCAUUCACUUGGUUAAAAGAACUUGUCAAUGUGACUGAGUCUAAUCCCGAGAUGCAAAAAUAUUUGUUGCAAAAUAUACAAAAAGUACAGGCUGAAUUAAGAUCGGAAAAAUCUUGCGAUUUCGAAAUACAAAAAGAUUGGAUUUUAGAUUUUAUAAGAAAUAUCGAUGCGAUUAUGGUAGAGCCAUCAGACGAAAAAAACAAUAUAACUCUUUACUGUGAUAUUUUAUUCCUCCUGGUUAUCUGUCUGUCCGGUAUGGAAUGCCUCCUGUCGGAAAAAGAAUUACUAAUUACUUCGCGAGACAUUAGAAUAAGAUUGUUUCCACAGGCGAUCUCUAUGCUUAUUGAUCGUCAAAAUUGGAAAUCCAUAACACGUCAGAUUAUGAAAUGGCUGAAUCACAUGAGGAGUAGUUCCGUACCUGAUGUAUAUAGACUUGCAUUUCAAAGCGCAUUAAUCUUAUUAAGGCAUGAAGAAGACUAUAAUUCAGAAUGGAGAAAUUACCUGUCAGUCAAAACUCGUGUUCAAGUAUAAAUAAAGAGAAAUAUACGUAUAUCUAUAUAAGAAAAAACUUUUUUAUAUAAAAAAGAGGAAGUUUUCGUGUUGAACCGAUUUACUUAUUUGUAUUACUCAGCCUUGAAUUUCAUUAACGAUAUUAAAUCUUAUAGUAAUGAACAUCUGUAAAUACACUUGAUAUCCUACUUUAAUGUCUAAAUCUUAUUACUAAUAAAAUAAUUUCUCGAU